CUGCUUCUCUGCUCUGUGUGGACGCCGCUGCAGAUCCCAACCGCCUCCCUACACCCCUCUGCACAGUGUGCCAUAUGCCGUGUGUGGCAGUCAGGUCUGGCAUACCGGAGCUCAUGGAGAUGUUGAAGAUCAACGGAGAAUCUGGAUGGUUCCUGAAUGGGUCGCGGGAGAGUCCCCUAAGGAGCGCUUAGGAUUUAUAGGUUUAUAUGUGUGCGCAUGGGGGUGGGGAACGGCAUGGUGCCGGACGCCCCCACCCGCAGAGACUGGGCUAUAAAUAGUACAGAAGAGCUCCGCCCCCAACCCCCCUUCUCUCCUCCGGAGCCGGCGCUGUGCCCGGGGCGCACCGGGAGGAGGGACCAGGAUCCAGCGCUGGGGCGCAGAUACUGACACCAAGGGAAUCCAGGUGCCCCCCCCACGCCAUGUGGGCCCCCAGGUACCCGGCUCCUCCACCCCAGAGGCCCCCAUGGCCCCGGCCUCAAUCCUGGCCAGGCAGAGAUUAUGCGGACAUUCAGGGAUAGGCUUCACUACCAAGACCUCAGGCCUCUCCCAACCACCACCCAUCCAUACUCCUAGAUAUCUUCGGCAGGUCCUAGUCCCGGCUCCAUCGGUGCUUUUGCCCAAGCCGCAGCUAUGCUGCACACCGAGGGCCACGCUCUUCUUCGGGCUGUGGGACAGGGUAAGCUACGCUUGGCCCGUUUGCUUCUGGAGGGAGGAGCCUACGUGAAUGAGGGUGAUGCCCAGGGGGAGACUGCGCUAAUGGCGGCCUGUAGGGCCCGUUACGACGACCCUCAGAACAAGGCGCGAAUGGUACGCUAUCUCUUGGAGCAAGGCGCGGAUCCCAACAUCGCAGACCGUUUAGGACGCACCGCGCUCAUGCAUGCUUGCGCCGGGGGUGGGGGAGCCGCAGUGGCCUCUCUGCUCCUUGCCCACGGCGCAGACCCCUCAGUCCGAGAUCACGCUGGCGCCUCGGCGCUUGUCCACGCCCUGGACCGCGGGGACCGCGAGACCCUUGCCACACUGCUGGACGCCUGCAAGGCCAAGGGCACGGAGGUCAUCAUCAUAACCACAGAUACCUCGCCCUCGGGCACCAAGAAGACCAGGCAGUAUCUUAAUUCCCCACCGUCCCCGGGGGUAGAGGACCCUGCACCCGCUCCUCCUAGUCCAGGGGUCUGCACGUCGCCUUCAGAAGUCCAACUACAGACUGCAGGAGGAGGACGCGGGUUGUUAUCCCCUCGAGCCCAGGAAGAAGAGGAGAAAAGAGACGUCUUUGAAUUUCCUCUUCCUAAGCCCCCUGAUGACCCUUCCCCUUCCGAGCCUCUCCCCAAGCCACCUCGACAUCCUCCAAAACCACUUAAAAGGCUCAACUCCGAGCCCUGGGGCCUUGUGGCUCCUCCUCAACCGGUCCCUCCUGCGGAAGGGAGGCCGGGCUUGGAGCGUCUGUCCGCUGAAUUCAAUGGCUUGACCCUGACCGGUAGACCGCGUCUUUCUCGGCGUCACAGCACUGAAGGCCCGGAGGACCCGCCCCCAUGGGCGGAGAAAGUGACGGGUGGGGGUCCUCUCUCGCGCCGAAACACUGCGCCCGAGGCUCAGGAGUCUGGUCUUCCUUCAGGGUUAAGGCAAAAACUGAGCCGCAUGGAGUCUGUGGAGUUCGACACCCCUGGACAUUUUUGCCCUGACUCCCCCGAGUCCAGCCGCUUAUCCCUGGAGCGCCGGCGAUACAGCGCCUCUCCGCUGACCCUCCCUCCAGCGGGCUCAGUUUCCUCCCCACGCCAGUCCCAGGAAAGUCUGCCGGGGGCUGUAUCCCCGCUGAGCGGACGGAGGCGGAGUCCAGGGCUGCUAGAGCGGAGGGGCUCCGGGACCUUGCUCCUGGACCACAUCUCGCAAACACGACCGGGUUUCUUGCCUCCUCUCAACGUCAGUCCCCACCCUCCUAUCCCCGAUAUUCGUCCCCAACCCGGAGGUCGGGCACCCUCACUGCCUGCCCCUCCACACUCUGGGGCACCAGGGUCUCCCAGGACCAAGCGCAAAUUGGUGAGACGCCACUCCAUGCAGACUGAGCAGAUUCGUCUGCUAGGGGGGUUCCAGAGUCUAGGCGGGCCUGGGGAACCAGGGCGCUGAAAGAAAUGAGGGUCUCCAAGGAGGGGGAGGGUAAGGACCCUGAUAGAGGGAGAACCAGCUGAUACCUCGGACACGGGAUCUCUUGCAUGUGCUCCUAGCACUGUGCACGCACACAUGGGUAAGCAUGUGUCCACAAGCACAGUACACUUACUAGCGAGGAAGGAUAAAUACUGUGUUUACUGGGCGUAUAGACCCACGCAUUCAUGCCCUGGUCAUUUCACAAGUACAUGGGAUCACUUGGGAACCCAUAGGCACAGCACACCAACAAACAGAGGACCACUUGUGCUGGGGUCCCAGGCUCACAAUUGUUCAGAAGCAGCGGGGAGCCUCCACUCAUGGCUGGUCUCCUGUAUCGUUGCCCUCCUGAAGAAGCAGUCCCCCGCUUUCCAUGUAUGCCCUGCAACGUGGCCUACCAUACCUUGCUUUCUCUUCAUGACUAUCUCACCCCAGUCUGCAGGCCUUGCUUCUCCAUGCCUGGCUCCUCGCUCACACCCUGCUUCCAUCCGCUUUCCAGGAUGUCUUCUUCACUGUUCUCGGGGUUCCCAAUCUCAGUUCUGUUGCUGCCUUUCAUGUCCUCCACUUCUCAAUUUCCUGCUUUUUAUUUUUUAUUCCUCCCCUGUGCCCCGCCCUCAACACACACACACACACACACACACACACACACACACACACACACGCACACACACCACUACAGAUUGUCUUGUUUACCCCAGGGGGUAUGUCAUGGGCUCAAAGUUGCUCUUCUGUGUGUCUGAGCUUAUGAACACGCCCCCCUCCCACAGGUAGAAGUGGGGAGCAAGCCUAAGUCUGUCCUCUUACUACUUGACAUGUCAAAUAAAUGUGUUCAGAAGUCUGUUUUGUCACUGCUGCUGAAGGUGUGGGCUGGGGGGUAGAGAGGGAACGGGAGAGUGCCGCUUACAGUCGAAACUACUCAGGGAGCGAAUCUAGAGGUUACAGCUACCUUCUUUCCAGGGACCAGCUGAGCAGUAGUGUUUGUAGAAGAAAAGGCAAAUAGGUUCUGUGUUCUGAAGGUUUGAGGGCAUUUGGUAAGCCUUCCUCCAGCCUCCACAUGCCUGAUCGUUAAUGAUGAAAGAUUCUUGAAGUGUCCCCUGAUCCUUAAGCAGAUGUGACUUCCUAUGUCUUCACCACACGGAUUUUGUUGUUUUAAAUACAGGGUUUAAUUUCAUU